AUGAUCCACGGGGGUCACACAGGACCUGUUGGUGGGCUGAAACUCGUGACUCUUCUGUUUGCCCUAAGUCCAGAACUUGUGUUCCUGGGAGCUGGAUUGAAGCUGAAAGAGAAUGGUUAUGAUGGAUUGCUUGUUGCAAUCAAUCCUCGGGUACCGGAGGACUUGAAGCUGAUCAGAAACAUUCAGGAGAUGAUCACCGAAGCUUCCUUUUACCUGUUCAAUGCGACCAAGAGAAGGGUGUUUUUCAGAAGUGUACAGAUUCUAAUACCUGCCACUUGGACAGCGCAUAAUUACAGCAGGGUUAAACAGGAAUCCUUUGACAAGGCAAAUGUUAUAGUGACAGAGCAGAAUGGGGUACCCGGGGAAGACCCGUAUACCCUACAACACAGAGGGUGUGGACAAGAAGGGAAAUACAUCCAUUUCACCCCCAACUUCCUACUCAACGAUGAGUUAGCAGCAGGAUAUGGCUCUCGAGGCCGAGUGUUUGUCCACGAGUGGGCCCAUCUCCGCUGGGGUGUGUUUGAUGAAUAUAACAGUGACAAGCCAUUCUACGUGAAUGGACGGAAUGAGAUUCAAGUCACCAGGUGUUCAUCUGACAUCACGGGUGUUUUUGUUUGUGAAAAGGGCCUUUGCCCCCAUGAAGACUGCAUCAUUAGCAAGCUUUUUAGGGAAGGAUGCACAUUCCUCUACAACAGCACCCAGAAUGCAACUGGAUCAAUAAUGUUCAUGCAGAGUUUACCUUCUGUGGUUGAAUUCUGUAACGAAAGCACCCACAAUCGAGAAGCCCCAAAUCUCCAGAACCGAGUGUGCAGCCUCAGAAGCACUUGGGAUGUGAUCACUGACUCCUCAGACCUGAACCACAGCCUCCCGGUGCUGGGGGCUGAGCUUCCAGCCCCUCCCACGUUCUCCCUCUUGCAGGCUGGUGACCGAGUGGUCUGCUUAGUGAUUGAUGUGUCCAGGAAGAUGGCAGAGGGAGACAGACUCCUCCGGCUACAGCAAGCAGCCGAACUGUUCUUGACGCAGGUCGUUGAAGCUCAUACUUUUGUGGGCAUUGUCACUUUUGACAGCAAAGGAGAAAUCCGAGCCCCGUUGCGACAAAUUAACAGCGACGAUGACCGGAAGUUGCUGGUUUCGUACCUGCCAACCACUGUGUCCACUGAAGCAGAGACCAACAUCUGUGCAGGGGUUAAGAAAGGCUUUGAGGUGGUUGAGAAGCAGAAUGGACGAGCGGAUGGCUCUGUCAUGAUAUUAGUGACCAGCGGAGCAGACGGACACAUCACCAACUGCCUGCUCACCGCAAUGAGCAGUGGGUCCACCAUCCAUUCCAUGGCCCUGGGCUCCUCUGCAGCCAGAAACCUGGGGGAAUUAUCGCAUGUCACAGGAGGUUUGGAGUUCUUCAUUCCAGAUCCAUUUACCUCUAGCCGAAUGACUGAAGCCUUCAGUGGAAUCUCUUCUGGGACAGGAGACAUUUUCCAGCAAAGCUUACAGCUUGAAAGCACGUGCGAGACCGUGCAACCCCAGCACCAACUGGCAAAUACUGUGACUGUGGACAGGGCUGUGGGCAAUGACACGUUUUUCCUAGUCAUGUGGCAGACCGGUGGUCCCCCUGAGAUUGUAUUAUUGGACCCUAGUGGAAGAAAAUACAACACUGGUGACUUUAUCAUCAAUCUGGCCUUUCGGACAGCCAGCCUUAAGAUUCCAGGAACUGCUAAGCAUGGGCACUGGACUUACACUCUGAACAAUACCCACCAUUCUCCUCAAGCUCUGAAAGUGACUGUGGCCUCCCGUGCCUCCAGUCUGGCCGUGUCCCCAGCCACCGUGGAAGCCUUUGUGGAAAGAGACAGCACCUAUUUUCCUCAGCCGGUGAUAAUUUAUGCGAACGUGAGGAAGGGUCUGUACCCCAUUCUCAAUGCCACUGUGAUGGCAACUGUUGAGCCUGAGGCUGGAGAUCCUGUUGUGCUGCAACUUUUGGAUGAAGGAGCAGGCGCCGAUGUUAUAAAAAAUGAUGGAAUUUACUCCAGGUAUUUUUUCUCCUUUGCUGUAAGUGGUAGAUAUAGCUUGACAGUGCAUGUCCGUCACUCUCCCAGCACAAGCACCCUAGCCCACUCUGUCCCAGGAAACCAUGCUAUGUAUGUACCAGGUUACAUAACCAACGAUAAUAUUCAAAUGAAUGCUCCCAAAAGAACAGGCCGCAGACCUGUGAAGGAGCGGUGGGACUUCAGUCGAGUAAGCUCUGGAGGCUCCUUCUCAGUGCUGGGAGUCCCAGACGGCCCCCACCCUGACGUGUUCCCACCAUGCAGAAUUACGGACCUGGCAGCCAUGAACGUAGAAGAGGAUGUGACCCUCUCUUGGACGGCACCUGGGGAAGACUUCGAUCAGGGGCAAACUACAAGCUAUGAAAUAAGAAUGAGCAAAAGUCUACAGCGUAUUCGGGAUGACUUUGACAAGGCCAUCUUGGUGAACUCAUCGGGGCUAAUUCCUCAGCAUGCUGGCACCAGGGAGACAUUUACAUUCUCACCCAAGCUUGUCACCCGACUUGAACAUGAACCUGAUGAAGAAGCACAAGAAACCUACAUAGUGUAUGUGGCCCUGAGAGCCAUGGAUAGAAGCUCCCUCCGGUCAGCUGUGUCCAACAUUGCCCUGGUAUCAAUGUCUCUCCCCCCAAACUCUGCUCCUGUAGUGAGCAGAGAUGAUAGGAUACUGAAAGGAGUUUUAACAAUAGUAGGUUUGAUAAUGAUUCUUUGCCUUCUUAUGGUUGUAUCACACUGUACUUUAAACAGGAAAAGGAGAGCAUCAAGGAAAGAGAAUGAAACAAAAUUUCUAUGAGUAGACAUAAUACCUUCCUUCUUAGAUAUGAUGACCAUAGCCUUUACAGCCACAAAAAUGCCAACAAAAUCAAAUUAGCCUUAACAUUGGGACUUUUACAUACCAGAUAGUUGCCUUCUCCCGCCUUCCUCCCCCCCAAAAAGCCUAACUUUUAAUACUCAUUUUAGGGAAAGGGUUAGAAAACAGUGUAAGGUUCUAAUGGAAAAAUAAUAAAAUAUAUUGCUCAAGGUAAUGGCUUGAAAGGCAAGGACAAAAUCAAAUGGGAAUCGGGAAAAGCUUGUUUUAUUGAAGUUGAGGUGAGGGUAAGUUCUGUGUACGGAAAAGGAUGUUGGGCCUGAGUCAGACAGUGUAACUACCGGUAUGAAGCGAAAGUAUUACAGUGAUGAAUUUCUCUCUCCGCUUAUCUGUGCAGAGCAGGGUGAGUGUUUAUAACUGACAACCAAGCUUCUUUAUAGACAAGGCCCCAUUACAGGGUUCUUUAUACCUUCUCCUUUGGUUAAACACACGGUGAUGAUCCACAAGCCACCACUAAUGCUCAGGCAGGUCUUUUCUCACCGUGAGAGGAGACCUUAGUGCGUGUUAUCCCUGCUCCUCGGAUUCUGAUCUACAACAGAGGUCACCUGAGUUUAUUGUUUGUCAGAUUUCAGUGCCACUGAAGCAGCUUCCUAAGUUAUUGCCUUGGAAGUAACUGAGAAAAAAUGGUCACCACUCCCAUGAGGCUUUAAGUAAAGGGUAAAAGACAUCAUUAUGAAAUAAUUUUAAUAUAUACACCAUGUAGUUUUAUUCUAUCACAAAGAAGUCAUGGAUGGAAAGGUGUUUAGAAGCAACUAGCAAAUUCUGUCCUGGUUAAAUAACAAUCUGCAAUCCUUGCUUCAUCGAGGACAGAGAGAAGACAGCAGAGAUAAUGUGGAAAUAAAAACCAUCUAAUGUUACAUCUUCCUUUUAAAAAUUGUUGAAUAUUAAUAUGUCAUUUCUAAAUUCAAGAACUUAAAAAUUUAUUGAAUAAAUAUGUUGCAGAUGAAGGCUUGGUUUU